UUUACCCUGCUCCUUCGGUUUCGCUGGUGCUCACUUACAGGGGACGAUUUGAAGAACUAGAAGUCUUACUUUUUAUACCUUUUCGACACUUCAGAGGUUAGAUAAAAUGCCUGGACCUGCAGCUAGUGCGACUAAUGUGGGCGCCUCCAGCCGCUCCCCCAGUAAGACAGUGGCCCCCCGUGCAGCUGGCUCUACAGUCAGACAGAGAAAAGCCACGAGCAGCGGCACACGAAGCGCCGGCAGAGCCGCCGGCAGCGGUGGGACAGGGGGCAUGUGGCGUUUUUACACAGAGGACUCACCAGGCCUGAAAGUUGGUCCGGUGCCGGUGUUGGUAAUGAGUCUGCUCUUCAUCGCGUCUGUCUUCAUGCUUCACAUCUGGGGAAAAUACACCCGCUCUUGAACACGGACGCCCUCUGACCCCCGACCGUUAAUCGCCUUUCGAUUCUUAAGCCAUCGUAACCUGGACCAAACGCUGACCAUCGACCCCUUGCUUUCUCCUAUACAGUCCCCCUCUCCUUUCUUUUCUUUUAGCUCCAUCUCUGGGGUUUCACGUGUCCAGCAGAAUUUAGCCUUCUCACUACAACAUCUCUCAUCAAAAAUAAAGUCAACAGUAUUUUUUUUCCCCUGUUUGAAUUGAAGCAGAUGGACUUUGUUUUUUUUUUGUUUUGUUUUGGGUUUUUUUUUGCUAAUCUUUGUACAAACUGUUAUAUAAAAGCUCUACAAUAAAACGUUGUAAACCUUCAAUGGUUUCUGAUGAA